GGAUGUCACCCUCAAGUGCCGCCUCAACAACCCCGCUCUGCUUUCCACGGGCAGGCAGAUCUACUGGAUGCGGCAAAGGAACGGGGAGAAGGACAACGUCGCCAUCGGUGACACUCCCUUUGACCCGAAUUAUAAAGUGGACCUAGUGCAGAAUGAGGGCCGCUAUGACUUGACCAUCAGCCGCGCCACCUACGAGCGGGACAACGGGAUGUUUGAGUGCCGCUUCAAGGAGGCCGGCACCGGGUCUGACCUGCACACCACCACUGUCAACCUCACCGUGCUCAUCCCACCAGGCAGUCCAAGGGUUGACCCUGAGACGCCCACGGCUACCGAGGGGCAACCCAUCGACUUGGUGUGCUCCUCCCAGGGCGGCUCCCCCGACCCUCAGAUCAUCUGGUAUCGCUCUGGGUCAGACCAGAAGCUGCAGAGCGUCCUGAAACCUGGGGGAGGACGGGACUUUGCCACCACCUCUGUGCUCACCAUCAACCCUGGCAAGGAUGACGACGGGGCGCAGUACCGCUGUGUCAUCUGGAACAGGGCACUGACUGACUCAGAGAAGAUGGAGGCUGUCGUCACUCUCAGCGUCAAUUACUACCCUCGCAUCACCAUAGGACCUGAGAACCCGCUGCGUGUGGAGCUGGACCAGACAGCUGUGUUGACGUGCUCAGCAGAUGCUAAGCCCCCAGUGAGCAACGUGCGGUGGACCCGAGGGGGACGCUUCAUAGGCACCGUUAGCAACCUCAAGAUUGAACGUGUCUCCCUCGAUGAUGCCGGCCGGUAUGUCUGUCAGGCAGACAAUGGACUUGGGCGACUGCGAGAGGCUGAAGUGACACUGGAUGUGCUGUAUGGGCCUCGCGUGUCGGUCAUCUCCAGCAAGGAUGUGGAUGAGGGAGAAGAUGUUAUUAUUUCCUGCAAUGUGACAGCCAACCCUACACCAGUGACUAUUGAGUGGCUCAAGGAGGGAGACGACUCAUUCCGGCAGAAUGGCAUAGACAUCCUGAGGCUGAACCGUGUGUCAGCCGUCAACCAGGGGAACUAUGUGUGUCGCGCUGUCAACAUCCUCAACCCCACAGGUGGAGAGCCAAGCGAUCGGGUGGGCAAUGCAACCGUGGCUGUAAGGGUCCGCCAUGCGCCAGGCAAGACCUUCAUCACCCCAAAGGAGGCCAUUGCUGUGCAGGGGGAGCAGGCAACCCUCACCUGCGGAGCUGAACCACCAGGCUGGCCUAUGCCCACCUACCGCUGGUGGCGACACGACUCUGACUCCACCCUCACCCUGGGAGCCAACUACACCAUUCCCCGGGCAUCCCUCACUGAUGAGGGCACCUACUACUGCCAGCCCUCAAACCGCCUCGGUAAAGGCACUCACGCCUCAGUCCGGGUUCAAGUCCACCAGCCUCCUCGCAUCCUUGAGGACUUGCCCAAGACAGCCAUCCACCGCAUCGGCAAGACAGACCUGAGCCUCACCUGCCGCGCCCAGGGCAAGCCUGAGCCAUCCAUCCGCUGGCUGAAGGACGAUGAGGAAAUCAAUCCUGCUGAUGGGCUGUACAAUAUUUUAGUGGAGCAGUCCUCUGUCGGCCAGAACACCGUGCACACAGUUCAGUCCACUCUGCAGUUCCGAGGUCCUCACAGAAUCAAUGACAACCAGCUGUUGCCGACAGACAGAGGCACCUACAAGUGUGUGUUCAAGAAUGAUGCUCGGGAGGUGGCCAGCUCACAACUCCUCAGGGUGGAACAUUCUCCAAUCACAGUCCACAAGGCAAACAAAGUUGCAUUUGACCUGAAGGAAGAUGCCGAGCUGGAGUGCCGUAUGCAGGCAUACCCUCAGCCCAGGUUCCAGUGGUCCCUCGGCCCUAACUUCAUUGAGUCUGACGGCACCCACUACUCUGUCAAUGACACGGCCCUGCAUGAUGACGUGUAUGCCUCUGUGCUGACCAUCAAGGGUGUGACUGAGGCAGACUACGGGAGCUACACCUGCAAGGGCACCAACACUCUGGGAGAGCACAAGACUAUCAUCACACUGCAGGAGAAAGGGCGGCCGGAGCACCCAACCAACCUGCACAUCAUCAACCAAGGCACCCACUUCAUUGAGCUGGCGUGGGAGGAGAGCUUCAACGGAGGCUUUGCAAACACUCUAUUCUAUGUGCAGGCAGAGACCAUGACCGGGGAGAUGAUGAGCCAUGACUGCCAGACCCUAAACCCCUGCACCAUCCAGCCCCUUCCACAGCAGACAGCAUUCAAACUGCGUGUGAAGGCUGGCAACAUGAUGGGAGAGAGCGACUUCUCUGAGCCAAUCGAUGCCACAACCCUGAUUGAUGUGGACACCAUCCCAGAGCCAGAGGAAGUGUACUUUGAAAAAUCGAGUAACACUGUGAGCUUCCGUGUGUUGCCUACCGACUUGAUUCUUCAGGCCCAGAUUGAACUGAGGGAUGGCACAGGCAAGUGGACCCCCAUGGAGAACAUGGUGCCCAUCAAUAGUGGCGCUCAGGACCACGGUGAAGUGUACGUGGGUGAGGAGGAGCCUGAGGAAGUCAGGAUCCGGUUCUGCUCCAUCUUUGUGGAAACCAGCUGUGGAAACUAUCGUGAUGGCACAAAGGUUGACUACCGCCCAUCAAUGCCGACCCAGACCAUGUCCAUGCAGUACAUGGUGGCAAUCAUUGUCGGCUGCGUCGUGUUUGUUGCCCUGGUGGCUCUGAUCUUCGUGUGCUGCUGCUGCUGUCGGCGCAGGAACAACAAGCUGAAGAACAAGACAGCAGACAUGGAGGUGGCCCAUCGUAGUGUGGUGACGCAGCAGGCACCACCACCACCUUACUACACAGUGGGCAUGGACAACAAGGGUCUGGACGGCUCCAUGGACACUGGCCUGGAUGAUCCCUCCAAGACUGCCAUCUACAGCUCCCAGCAAUACCACAACUACUCCCAGAAUGGACACAUCAACAACACACAGAACAAUAAUGGAAUGGGAUACAUGGACAACAGCUACUCCAACUCCAACAACGGUGGCUCAGUCAACUCCCAAGACUCCCUGUGGCAAGUGAAGGGCCAUGGUGACCCCCAGAUGACCACACACAUGAGCCCACACAUGUCCCAAGAUUCCAGAGGCUACCAGUACGACCCCAUGGUGCACGGAGGCUACGGGAUCUCAGGCUACGAUGACUACUCACAUUACCCAGCUAGCGGCUACCAAGGGCACAGCAUGAUGGAAGACUACCCCGGCUCCCGCACCAACUAUGCUGCCAACAAUGACCCAUACAAUGCAGUGCACAAGCAGAGGAAGAGAGUUGAUCAUAUUGACGGCGACGUAAGUGGCAUGCCAGACCCCUACAUGGAGCACUAUGACCAGGGCGCUGCUGAGAUGAACCCGGAGAACAAGCCACAGAUCAGCUUUGAUGAGUCCCUGGAGUCCGGCUACUCAACACCCAACUCCCGCAACCGACGCAUCAUCAGGGAGAUCAUUGUCUGAGGAGAGAAAUGCAUGUUUUCAGAUUUACACACUUAUUUCCAGGUGCUUUAAACACCUGAACCACCAACAAGGAAGCUUUGAGCAUUAGAUACAAUGGUGAUGCAGGGCUCAUGCUGACCACCAUGUGUAUAUCUCUAACUUGCCAUGGAUAGCAUGUUCUAAAUAGUGGUGGAAACAUCACUGAGAAAGAAUAUAUAUAUCCAAAGCUUAAUCCUUGUUAUCAUGCCUAAAGUGGCAUGAUUACCGCCAUAAAAACAGACUUGUUAAUACGGAAAACAUUGAUGCCAUCAAACAGUUGCUGGCAGAGUGUGUGUGGCUGCCAGCUUGCCUGCUUUCAUCAACACUCCUCAAGACUUGAGCUGUGGAUGUACAUGCAAUAAACCACCGGGGAAGAUUCUGCAACACCACACGAGUCCUGGUGACUUGUAUGUACUCUCCCUUUCUUCUUCUCUUUAAUCAUGAAGGGCCAGUGUUGAAAACUGGCUAAGAAAAGACAAGGUCCUUAAACCGCCCCUGCUCAUGUCUAGUCUGAAUCACUGAAGAUGACACAAGAAGCGUUCUGAGUCUAUGGACAGUGGAGUGCAGUGGAGGACAGAUGGAGCUGUGGAGUUAACUGUGCUUGGAGUUAGAAGUGUGAUGACAUCUUAAGUGCUGUGACUGGAAAACAGUUAAGUGUCAUUGCUCACACAGACUUGUAUGUGCAAAGUGAGGACUUCUGUGAUGGACUUAAAGUUCUCGAGUACAAAGCACAAAGAGUGAGCAGUGUGUGUGAAGCUCAAACUUGGUCACAAGUGGUGUGCACCAGUCACCACAAUGCAGUGGGUCGGACCCCUGGUCCCACCCUGCAUGACCUGUGAUACUGGCUGCCUUUGUCUCGAAGCUUGAGACCCGAGUGGAGGUGUGUUUCGGAAGUGGUGAAAGGAUGAUAUGUGAGACCGCAUAUGUCGUAACCUUUUGCUUAUGUGUUCUGCCUGAAAGUGUUAAUAUAGUAUGGUCCAAGUUUUGAGUAACAAUUGUCAUUGUGAUCUCAAGUGCAAAUGAGACUGUGUCUUGUUUUUGUAAUUUAUAUAUAUAUACAUAUAUAUAAAUAUAUUAUGUAAUACAUAUGUAAUUUAAAAUGCAUGUACAGUUAUUUGUUUAACAGAAGAGGUAAUGUGUAUGAUUGCUAAUUUGUAUGAAUGCUUACCUCUUCCUUGUUAAGAAUUUAUUGUUUGCCAUAUUUAGUAAAAAAAGAUAAUGAACUCGGCAAUAUCUUCCUCUUUUCUCAUUUUCAGUUUCUCUGUUAUACUUUCCUGAUUCAGUAUUGAGAAAAUUAUAUUUGAUCCGUGGGCAUUGAUCCCAUGCACUCCCCUGACGCUGGCCAUCUCACCAGACAUGUACAAAUAUGCUUAGAAUACUUUGCUUGUAAAGCACGUGGACAGAGAACCAUGUCAGUACUCUAGACUUAAGUGUUGACUCACUGCUGCCUGGUGAUGAGCAUGAGGCAGCAGCAUGCAGACCAGCCAUUGUACAGAACAGUGUGCUCCAUCAAGGUGCCUUCAGCCUACAGCCUUCAGGCAUCAGCCAUUCAUGUCUAACUGGUUCUUUUCUUACUUAAUGGAAUCACUCUGAAGGACCAAUUUAUAUCCUUUAGAUCACUCUUUGCUAAAUUGUGAGGUGAUGUUAACUCUCACCAGAUGGUCAGCCAACUUUCUUUAAGGUGAACUACUGUUAUACUAUUACUACUUGUAUGGGUAUAGGGGCUUUUUAUUACUACUUAUGUAUGGGUGUUCAGGGCUUUUCAUAAGUGUUGUGCAAGUUUAAAGUGUGCAUGGUUCACCCACACUCAUUGAAUAACCAUUACUAACUUCAUGAUCUGUCAUUGAAAUGUGCAUAUGGAGUUUAUAGAGAUUCAUGUAAAAAAUUUGAUUUUAUAAAUAAAGUUUCAUAAUUUUAA